CCUGUGUCUGUGGAGGAUAUGUGGCCGGCCGGCCACUCCCAACACGUUUUCGUGUGGAUUUCUUUCUCGACCAAACAUACUUAUAUCUUCGAGCGCGCGUAUGUUUCAUUUCCUCCCUGCGUAUUAGAUAGAGCUAUGGCAGGUGGCAGCGCUUCAAGAUCUCUAGAGUUAACUCCUACAUGGUCAGUAGCGAUAGUGUGUACGUUGUUCGUUGUUAUUUCGCUGCUAGGAGAGAGAUCUCUACACCAUCUCGGACAAUGGCUCUCCAGAACAAAGAGGAAACCACUCUAUGCCGCACUGGAGAAGAUCAAAGAAGAGUUGAUGCUGCUGGGAUUCAUCUCGCUUCUUAUCACCAUAACCGCGUCUUACGUCUCAAAGAUCUGCAUCAAAUCGUCCUUUUUUGAUAAGCAACGCAUGCCUUGUCUCCUCCCAUCAUCCUCUAAAAAAGAGGCCGAUCACUUGCUCGUAAGCAAUCGGCGGAGGGAACUCGCUUCACUGGAAAACUCUUGCUCGGAGGGCCACGAACCAUUUAUCUCUUUCCUGGGCCUUGAACAACUACACAGGUUUCUAUUCGUCAUGGCUGUCACUCACAUUUUAUACUCAUGUCUGACUAUGCUCUUGGCUAUUAUGAAGGUCCAUACUUGGAUAAAAUGGGAAGAAGAAGCUCACACUCAUGUGGACAAUCAGGAACAGCUAGCUGAGUUAACUAAAACCUUGACUCUAAAGCGUCAAUCAACAUUUGCUGCUUACCAUGCAUCUUCCUUGUGGAGCAGGAACAGCCUCUUGCUUGGUGUGCUCUGUUUCUUCCGUCAAUUUUGGCAGUCCGUAACCAAAUCCGACUAUUUGGCCUUGCGUAUGGGCUUUGUGACGAAGCAUAAGACACGCCCCAGAUAUGAUUUUCACAGCUACAUGAUUCGAUCAUUGGAGGAUGAGUUCAAAGAUAUUGUUGGAAUAAGCGUCAUUUUCUGGACGUUUGUUGUCUGUUUUUUCCUUUUUGAUGUUCAUGGUGUCAACUUAUUUUUCUGGAUGUCACUUGUUCCCAUCGCGAUGGUUUUAGUGGUCGGAGCGAAACUCCAGUAUGUAAUCGCUAAGUUGGCUUUGGAAGAUUCUGGAUUGUCUGGACCACGGAUAGCCGGUUUAAAACCUCGAGACACACUGUUUUGGUUCAACAAACCGCGAUUGAUGCUACAUCUGAUCCAUUUCAUUCUCUUCCAGGACGCUUUUGAAUUGGCCACUUUUCUUUGGGUUUGGUGGCAAUUCGGCUGGGACUCUUGCUUGAUGCAAAAUAGGAUCUUCUCGUAUUCGCGAGUUGUCACCGGGUUCUUGGUGCAAAUACUAUGCAGCUAUAGCACGUUACCUCUCUAUGCUCUUGUGACACAGAUGGGAUCCAACUACAAGAGAGCGAUAUUUCAAGAACACAUAGUGGACUCGAUUCACAACUGGAAGAAGGCAGCAAAGAAGAGAAACAAAGAUCACAGCAGCGUGAUGGACAUGAGCACCAUAGACCGCAGCGCGAUUGCUUCUUUUGGACAGGAGCUACGAGCGGUGCCAGAGGUAUCAUCUGUAGAGAGCGAGUUACAACAAAGGCCUGACAAGGUGGAUAUCGAAUCUGGAUAUUCAAGAUAUCUGUUAACUUUUAAUAAGUAAUUUAACAGAAAAGGAGGGCUUCAUUUAGUUAGUCAAAAAGGUAAAA